AUGUACUACAUUAGCAGGACAGCGCGGGUCGUCCCCGCCAAUGCAGUUGGCAAGACUGGGCUGGGAAUUCUUCCGAGGCCAGCCCACCAACCAACGAGCCGCAGCACCCACUGCUCACCAUCUCAGCUCUCCAGUCUAUUCUUAACAACCAACAUCGGCGUAGUCAAUCGCCUCGCGCUGAUGUCAGUUGGUUGGUGCGACAAGCUGACUGCGCCGCGACUUACAAGAGCCAACGGCCUCGACGACGACGCAUCAACCAACAUCAACACGCAAUUGAGACGAUCGACCAACGCCAUGACCCCUCUUCUUCCCUUCUUCGCUAGACCGCUCCUCUCCUCACCUUACGGCCACUCGCGGUUUUACUUCUCAUUACAACGCUAA